UUUCAGUUGAAACCUGGGGAGAUCUACGACGGUCGAGUUGUACGAUGGAGUGGGGCGUUUCCACGACUUCAGGUGAAGACGCUAUGGCGACUUCUAGUCGGCGCGUUGUUGGAAGAAGAAAUUGGUUGAUCCGUGUAAGGGGUGGAGAGAGAGAGAGAGAGAGAGAGAGAAAGAGAGAGGGGGUCGGUAGAUGGAGGCGGAGGGAGAGGGCAACAGGAGUCAAGAUGUGUCUGAUCAAAAAAAACAAACAAACCAGGAGUCAAGAUUAGAAGUGGUGCGGCUCUUGUAGUGUUGUGUUGUGCGGGGAGGGGCAAAUGGGUCUAAGUGAAGUUUUGUGAACACCCAAAGUGCAAUUAACACCAACCUGCAGGUACAAAAUGUAAUUUAAACUUUCUUCCCUCCCUCUUUUUAGGCCGGUAAUUUUAACGCGGGAGAUUUGAAAAUUUACAGAAAAUCUCAAACAGUAAACAAAAGACGAGAAAGAAAAUUCAUUUUUUCUAGAGAGAGAGAUGGCUAAACAAUCAAACCCAUUUUCCCAACGCUCUGAUUUCUCUCUUCUGAUUGCUUCGCAUUCUCAGGUUCUCGCUGCCCUGGACUCUCUUUCAAAUCUGUCUGAGCCUCCUGAUAUUAGGAACCGGUUCUCAAGCUAUGCGUACGAGUCUCCAGAACUGAAUUCUGAUUUGCAAGGAUAUGGUUUUGGAGAAAGUGGUUGUGUGGAAGAGGGGAUUGAUGGCGAAGAGAAGACAAAAGGAAACGAUGAGACUUUUGGGAGGUUUCAGAAAAUCAGAAACAAGGAUGGUUUAGUUCUGGUUGAGAAAGCAGCUUCAAUUGGGUUUGUGAAAUCUAAUAACCCUACAGGAGAUUACGAUCAUCGAAUCAAGAACGCAAGUCAGCUCGCAGAUUCAACUCCCACCGCCAGAGAACCUUUGGGGCCAUUGGAGGUUUGUCCGGGAUUAAUCAAGGUUAUAGGUUCUUCAGACUCCUUCUCACUUUCAUCUGAGCCUCCGGAAAUUACAAGAUGGUUUGCAAGCUACGUGUAUGAAUCUCCUGCAGUUGAUACAAGUGUUGCUUUCACAGAUUCCGUUUCUACAGAAAGUGAAAGUGAGAGAGUGCCCUUUAAUGCUGAAAAAUGCAGCAAAGAUAAAGGAGAACACUUGACUGAGUUUACAAGUACGAAAAGGGAUGUAUUGGCUGCUGAUAAGAACACAUCUUCAAAUGGUUUGGUUGAAUGUAAUAGCUAUGCUACUGGCAAAAGCCGUUUCCAACAGGAUAAUAAUGAGGAUACUUCUAGUAUUGAAGGGAACAAAAUGUCGUCUGUGCAGAAUGAAUUGCCUGUCAAAAUGAUUUCUGGACAGGAAGGAAAGCCAACAAGAUAUUAUGAUGAUUGUUCAACCCAAACUGAUGAAAAAUCAUGCUUUGACUACCAAGUUCCCAUUGGAAAGAACAACAGAAAAUCUCCAAAAAAGUCUACUCGAAGGAGGGAUUCUAGGGAAAUAAGAAAACCAGCUUGUGGAAUCAACAACAAAGAAAACCAGGGAACCACUAUUGCAGAAAAUGGUUUCGUUUCGACGAGGAACGAGAGAAGAGAAAGGGUAAACCAUGACAGUUCUUUGAAAAAUUGUCUGAGAAAUGGAGUGACAGAUUCAUUAGCUGUUUUAAGAAGAAAGCCAUUAUCGGAAACGACCAAUAAUAAUAUCCAACAUGCUGAUUAUUUGGAGAUCACUGGAAAGUGGCAGUGUCCACAAAAGAGGAAGCCGAAUCUUGGACCUCCUUUGAAGCAGCUUCGCCUUGAACAAUGGGUUCACAGGGGUCAGCUGGCAAUAAGUUUGGCACGAGUUAUUUAUGUCAGGCUUAAUAAAGACAUGGGAUUUGCUUUGGCAUUGGGACAAGAUUGCUGGGUACAACACAUGGAAACCAAAGGCUGCUUAGAAGUUUGUCAGAAUUUUUCUUAGAAAUGAAGCAUAAAUAUACUCGUGACUAAAUAAACAAAAGGCUCAUAAACUAUGAAACGAUUGCGCCUCUACAUGCUAUUGGCCUUUGGGACCAUCGCUUCCUUGACAGAGCUCUUCAAGGUUUUUGAACUUUAGGUUUGACCCAUUAUUGUGGUCAGGUUUGUAUCUAGAUUUGGUAACCAUUUUCUCUGUUAAUGUUUGUUGGGUGGUGUGGAAUUGGUCAAGCCAAAAGCAUAGUGCAUGAGAUCAUCAAUGAUUCCAAACACAAGCAAUACUGUAGAAUAAUUCAACUGUGAUUUUCCUAAACAAUCUCACCAGACGUCGUACCAAACCAUUUCUUAAAGCCAUAAAACUCAUUGAGCUUUGACAAAUUUUCAUGUUUUACUAACAGAGACCACUGAAAUACAUAUGAUUUUCCUUGCUUGUGAUGAAGCACCAAGAGAACGUGUAAGCAAAUUUUUAUUUUUUUUCACAACGGUUAUGCAUUACAAUCUUUCACAUCAUCAUAUAAAUGAUUCAACUGCUUCAAAUUUGCCCACUACAAUAAGAAAAAUUCAUGCACACAGUCCUUUGGGAUAGUAGAAUAGAAAAUAAAAAUAGAAAAAUAAUCUUCUUCCAUCUUUGUCUUCAUGGUCCAUGAAGUUGCAUAGAU